AUGAUCAAUCUGGUGCAGAACAAGAUGUUCAAUGGGUUGCCAAGUGAAGACCCCAUUGAUCACCUUGAUGAGUUUGAUAGGUUGUGUGAUUUGACUAAGAUCAAUGGUGUCUCUGAAGAUGCCAUCAAGCUGAGACUCUUCCCUAUGUCUCUCGCUGACAAGGCUCACCAAUGGGAGAAGAGCCUGCCCCAUGGUACCAUCACCAGUUGGGAUGAGUGCAAGAAGGCAUUUCUUGCUAAGUUCUUUUCAACCGGUCGCACUACCAAGCUAAGGAGUGAGAUCUCAGGCUUCACUCAGAGGAAUAGUGAGACUUUUGCUGAGGCUUGGAAAAGAUUCAAAGGCUACACCAGUCAAUGCCCUCACCAUGGAUUCAACAAUGAAUCCUUACUCUCUACUCUCUAUAGAGGAUGUUUGGCAAGGUAUAGAGAGAUUCUAGACAGAGCCAGCAAUGGAAAAUUCCUAAAUCAAGAUAUAGAUGAUGGCUGGCAGCUUGUGGAGAACAUUGCCAUCUCAACUGAAAGUUAUGGAGAGGAUUAUGAUCGCACAGACUGGAGCUCGACCGAGCAUUCGAUCGAGUUGGAGGCACAGCUGCGAAAAGACAUGCAUGCUCUACAUUCCAAGCUAGACAAGCUGAUCCUAGCUCAAUUCCCUGCGAAGCAAGUCAACUUUAUCUCUGGUACAACACUAGUUCAGGACCAGGAAGGGGAGGAACCAAAAAUUGCAAAAGUCCCUACAAACAACAAGAAGACUUUCUAUGGCCACACCCCAUACCAAGCACCUGCGUCAUAUAAGAUUGCUCCGCAUGGCUACAGACAACAAGGGACUCUUCCAGGCUUCUCACCCAAUUUUAUGUUGCACCAACAGAAUGUCCCACCCGGAUUUCCACCAAUUCCAUAUCACACUCCACCAAGUCAAGAUUGGGAUAUGGAAGACAUGCUUCAGCAGCUCCUACAAGGGCAAGCCAAUGGUACAUUGGACAUGAACAACAAGUUGGUUGAGAUAGACUCAAAAAUUGAAUCUUUAACUUCAAGGGUUCAAAUGAUUGAGUCUUCUAGUGCUUCAUCUUCAUCAUCCCACGAAUAUGCUCAGGCCGUCAUACUAAGAAGUGGUCGACAGUUACCCAACAGAGUUGGUACACCCCAAAUCGCUGUGGACAUCGAUGACGAGGAAGGGGAGGAUUUAGUUGAGUAUUCAGACAUUCCUGCACCCAAUUCGAUCGAGCCUGAACGCAACACUGAACCAGAGCUCGAUCGAGCUAGUGAACCAGAACCACCUAAGCCUGUUGGGAAGAAGAAGGACACUCCAUCCGCACCACCACCAUACAAACCCCCUCUACCUUUCCUAGGAAGGUUCAAGAAACAGCUAUUGGAGAAGCACAAGGCUAAGUUUGAGGAGCUCAUAAAGGAUAUUGAGUUGAAGUUACCUUUCAUUGAUGCUUUGAUGCUCAUUCCACCCUACCAGAAGUUCCUGAAGGAUGCUGUACUUCAAAGGACUAAGGAGGUGCAAGGAAUGGUGAUUUUGACUCGUGAAUGCAGUGCAAUCAUUCAACAAAGGGUUAUCUCCGAAAAAAAGGAAGAUCCGGGGAGUUUUACAUUGCCUUGCAUGCUAGGACCUCUAUCCUUGAAGAACAGCCUCUGCGACCUAGGAACAUCAGUCAGCCUUAUUCCUUUGUCAGUGGCGAAGAGAUUGGGCUAUCACAAGUAUCAAGCCUGCGGAAUCUCACUUGUUUGUGCGGAUAGAUCAAUAAGGCUGCCUACUGGGAUGUUUGAAGAUCUACCUUUGAGGAUAGGGAAUGUUUAA